AUGGGAUCUUCUGACGAAAACCCGCUAGCUAUCAUAGACAUCAGUGAUCUCUCUCAGUAUACUGCUGAUGAGCUUCUCCACGCAGCAUCCAGUCAAGGUUUCUUGAUGAUCGAGGGCCAUGGCAUGACGCAGGAGCAGGUUGAUAAGUUAUUUGGACUGUCCAAGGACUUUUUCAAUCUCUCGGCCGAGGAAAAAACCGAGUUCAAAAUGCAACAGGGUACCAACUCUGGGUAUGUUGGCAUGUGUGUUGAGAAUCUGGAGGAGGACAUGAAGGAUAAGCCUCUUGGUGAUCCCAAAGAGGCCUUCAAUUUUUCCGACAUUGAUAUGUUGAAGGGAGAUCUGAGUCCAAAUAUUCCUGUGCCAAAGCUGUUCCAGGAGAAGGAGAACAAGGAACUGAUCACGUCCACGCUGCUUGGAUUCAAGCACUCGCUUAACAACAUGUUGCGUUUGAUGGCUAUGGGGUUGCACAUUGACGAAAAAGACGGUGGAGACGAUUGGUUUAUUGAGCGUCAUAACCCUGCAAAACCGAGCGGAACCACCUUCAGAUUCCUCCAUUAUCCAUCCCCAGUGAAGAAGGGAAUGACAGAGGAGGAGCUGGACGCUUGUGGAGAGAUCAAUGUCGCGGGAGCACAUACCGACUAUGGAUGUGUGACUUUGUUGCUGCAAAGACAGGACGAGGACGGACUUGAGAUCCUUUCUCCUGUGAGCCGGAAAUGGGAGUCGGUCCCAUUUGUGCCCGCCUCGGAGAAAUACCGUAAGCUGGGCCAGGCUCCGCCUUUGAUUGUGAACAUCGGUGACCAGCUCUGCUACUGGACCAACGGUUUGCUCAAGAGCACUGUGCACAGAGUCCGGUUCCCUCGCAAGUUGUUGCUCGAGGGUAAGUCACGGUACUCUAUUGUGCUGUUCGUUCACCCGGCACACGAGACUUUGUUAGAGCCUGUUCCAGCCAAGGCCAUCAGCUCGAUCAGCGGCCGUGGAGCCGCUUUCCAGUUGGCCAAGCACGGAGUUUCGCUGACCGCAAGAGAACACCUGCAGAAGAGACUUGCUUCCAGUUACAAUUUUGCCAUUGAGAAGGUCAACUGA